AUGGCAAGGAGACAGCGGGAGAAAGAUAGGAACCUAAGGCGUGGUUCGGAAAUGCCAAGUUCUCUCCUCUGGCGGUCCCCUGAUGCGUUGCUGAUAUCGCAGGGUCUUGGCUUGGAAAGGGAACCCCGUCGCCCCAGUAGAGCUAGGGAGAUUUCGGAUCAGGAUGACAGGUCCUGUUUGGGCACAUCGGAGGCCUUCAUUCUGUUCAAAAUACACUCGUCGUCCUCAAAGAGUAAUCGUAACGCCCCCCAUAGGCCACAUUCCCCCGAUGUAUCCCCAACAGACGUACCGACAACCAGCUUUGGAAACCAUAAGAAAGCCCUUGCGAUUCUUGGCGCAUCGGAUGACCCAUCAGUCUCGCAAAUGUUUCUACAAUACUCAAGCACAAAUGCUCGGAAGCGGUCGCCAUCAUGGACACCACCCGCAUCGUUAAAAACGACGGCUACUCGGGGAACCUUCUUUAACGAUGGUUCUGAUGCGGAGGAAACCUCCCCUCAAUUUCAGCUGGAGGCUGCCCUAACCGAUCCCAGUAAUUCCCCAGAACCCGUCCAUGACGAACAUCGCAGACCGUCCGUUGCUAGCGCCACUACUGUUAGCAGUCAAGGAUCGAAAGGCAGCGGUGGUCGUUUCCACAAACGCCUGCGCGGUCUCUUUGGGGAUGAGCAUGGCAGCGCGUCAGAUUCGGCUCUCCCGGAGCGGAGUCUGUCAAACCGAAUUCCUAUGUCAUCUGGCAGUCAAUCAAAGGUCCGUGAAAGAAAUAAUUCGACCCCAUCUUUGCACCCCCCAGAGCGUUCUCCACCCCUUGGUCGUGGCUUCCGACCAUGCACUCCUCUACCUUCCAGUGAUGAUAUAUCAAACUAUGGAGAUGCACCUGUGUAUCCAGUUCCAGGAGACCCGGAUGUUGAACGCUUUGGUUCCAUGACAGAUGGCGAGCGUGACUCAAAGAAAGAUUCUCGUCUUCCUUUCCACAGACAUCGGCAUGCUCGGAGUAAAGAAGAGAAGUUAUCAGACCAAGGGUCUAACUUGCAACACAUUUUCAGAUCUUCAGACCAUGACAACCACAAACAAGUGUAUAGUAAAGUAAAAGAGGGCACCCUCUCUCCAACUAUCCCCACCGCUCUAGGAGCCCGCUCGAUCAGUCCUUCGCCUAGUUUGCAGGGCGGCAGUGGGCAAGACUCUCAAGGGACAAGGUCGCCUGGAGGUUCAUCCAACAAGCGAUCAUUUUUUACGAAGAUUCGACGCCAUCCAAAACCUCCAAUCGGGAGUAGUCUUCGGGGUAUGCCAUCUUCGAAAUCUGCCUACGACGGUGGUGGGAAGGGAUCUAGGUUUUUGAAACGAGAUAUGUCUCCUGCUAGAUAUGGUCGGAAUUCGAGCUUUGAUAGUGUCACCAAUACAAAGCCGUGGGAAAGUGUCGAGUCUGACCGCAAAAAGGAGUCUGCGAAGGGGGUAUCCAAGUUCCGCCAUCCGCGUUUUCCGUUUGGUCAUGAUACUGGAAAUAAGGAUGACAAAACACACCAAGAUAAUUUUGAACAAGAUCGGAUCUGGAAGUUAGAUACCGAUCUGACAAAUCUCUCUGGUAUCGUCGCACAACCUCAACCUUUAUCCCCUACCGAUUGUGGUGGUAUAUAUACUGGAACUCCACUUCCUGAGCAUAAGGAAAGAGAAUUCCGCAAUCCCUUUGAACCCUCCAGCACUGGUGACUGGCAUGCUCCAGAGAGCUGGGCUGUGAGGAAAGUUGGGGAUGACAUUUUGUCCCGGCUUCCUGAGCUCACUGAUGAUGGCGGGGCGAUGGUAGACGACGAAGGGCGACCGUACUGUGUCCGCAUCUUUCGCAUCGACUCUACAUUUACAACUCUUUCCUCUAAUCUGAACACUACCGUGACCGAAAUACUGGAAAUGCUUGGCCGCAAGUCGUUCUUGCAAGAUGAGCUGAAUAACUACGAUAUAGUCGUACGGAAGAAUGACCUUUCAAGAACUCUGGACUACGGGGAGAGGCCGAUUCUCAUGCAAAAGAAAUUGCUCGAGCAGGCUGGAUAUCAACCAUCCGACCGUAUAGCGGAUAUUGGUCGAGAGGAUAAUAGCUACCUCUGCUGUUUCACAUUCCUUCCCACGAAACUUUCGGGCUAUUCGAGUCUGGAUGCUGACUUGGGAAUCAACGAGAACCAAAAGUUUAGCCACGUCGACUUGCACGGGCGCAGUCUCAUCACCCUGCCCAUCACACUCUAUAAAAGGGCGAGUGAGAUCAUAUCCUUGAAUCUUUCGAGAAAUUUAGCCUUGGAUAUUCCGAAGGAUUUUAUUCAAAGCUGCAUCAACCUCCGUGAAUUAAAAUAUAUCGGAAACGAGGCAUGGCGUCUUCCGGCAAGCUUAAGCUUGGCGACGCGGCUUACAUAUCUAGACAUAUCCAACAAUAGGCUUGAACAGCUGGAUAAUGCAGAAUUACACAAUUUGCAUGGACUUGUCAGCUUGAAAAUGUCGAAUAAUAACCUCUCGACGCUGCCUGCUUAUUUUGGAGACUUCCCUGCAUUACGAAGCCUGAAUAUUUCUUCCAAUAGUUACCGCACUUUUCCCGAGUGUUUAUACAAUCUGAAGAGUCUCGUUGAUCUUGAUAUCAGCUUCAACAAAAUCUCCGAGUUGUCGGAUAUUGGACGCCUUACGACACUGGAACGGUUAUGGGUGACUAACAAUGGCUUGCAUGGCCCGCUGGGUGAGACUUUUAGAGAUCUUGUCAAUCUCAAAGAGAUAGACGCACGAUUCAACAGCAUCACUAGUAUAGAUAACAUCACUCACCUUCCACGACUAGAGCGGUUGUUGAUUGGCCAUAACAGCGUGUCCACAUUUUCAGGCUCUUUCAUGAAGCUGCGCACUCUUGCCCUGGACCAUUGCCCAGUCACCGAGUUUGAUCUCACUAGCCCCCUUCCGACUCUCACCUCUCUCAACAUCGCGUCAGCCAAACUUGUUCAAUUCAAGGAUACCCUUUUUACCAAUAUCCCACACCUGACCAAACUUAUUCUUAAUAAGAAUCAUUUCGUUACUCUCUCCUCCUAUAUCGGAACCCUCCGAAAACUUGAGCACUUCAGCAUUUCAAAAAAUCCCCUGUCAACUCUUCCACCGACGAUAGGAUGUCUAACAGAAUUGAAGUGCCUCAACCUACGCGAAUGUAAUCUCAACAAACUCCCUUCUGAGCUGUGGUACUGUUCUAAACUGGAGACCCUGAAUGUGUCGUCUAAUGUCCUUGACGCCUUUCCAAAGAUCGCUGGCUCACCUCCUAUUCCUCCAAACGAAUAUCAUGGAAAUGGUACUCCCGCAACCACUCCUGGUCUGGCUUCGCCAAGUCACGAAGAACUUGGAAAGCUGGAGGAUUUCGAAGCCAGACGACCAAGUCAUUCCUCCAGUGGUCUUCUGAGCGUGGCAAGUUCCUCCGCUAAUUCAUCAAAUAGAAAAGGCUCAAUUGUCUCGAUGCCUCAUAACCCGACUGUAAAGAAGUCUUCUGUCAUAUCUCGAGCUGCAACUGAAACCCCAUCCUCGCGCAAGGAUUCAACCUUCUCGCAAAGAAUAUCGUUUACGUUUGCGGGAUCUCUGAAGCAACUUUAUCUUGCAGACAAUCGUCUUGAAGACGAUGUAUUUCAACAGUUGGCCUUUUUGGUGGAAAUCCGCAUCUUGAACUUGUCCUAUAACGAGUUGACGGAGAUUCCGCAGGGUCUCCUUAGACGGUGGCAGUAUUUGGUGGAGCUGCAUGUCUCAGGAAAUCAACUGAGCGCGCUUCCCUCGGACGACCUUGAAGAAUCAAGUAGUCUAAAGGUAUUGCACAUAAACGGCAAUAAAUUCCAGGUACUUCCUGCGGAGCUCUGUAAGGUGAAUCGCCUUGCGAUUUUAGAUGUGGGGAGUAAUUCUCUAAAAUACAAUGUUUCCAACUGGCCGUACGAUUGGAAUUGGAAUUGGAAUCGCAAUUUAAAAUACCUGAAUUUCUCGGGCAACAAGCGAUUUGAGAUCAAACCCAAUACCUCUUAUACUUCUGGGAUUCCUGCCGUUAAUAGCACAGAUCUGACCAACUUCAACUCUUUGAAACAUCUUAGAGUCCUGGGGUUGAUGGAUGUUACUCUUACUAUCCCUACCAUCCCUGACCAGACUGAGGAUAGGAGAGUGCGGACGUCAUCAUCCUUGUCUGGCUCUCUUGCGUAUGGUAUGGCAGAUAGCCUUGGGCGAAACGAACAUCUAUCAAUAGUUGAUAUGCUUGUUACUCGGUUCCGAGGCAACCAGACGGAGACGGUUCUCGGUUUAUUUGACGGCCAGUCCUCUUCUAGCAGCGGAUCAAGGAUAGCGAAAUACCUUCAAGAGCACUUCACUACAUCGUUUACAGAAGAGUUGAAAAAGCUUCGUCCAUCAGGAGAAACCCCGCUCGAUGCACUGCGGAGGACCUUUUUGGGACUCAACAAGGAUAUAGCUACGGCUGCUCAACGGUCUUCCAUGGAUGAUCGUGAGCUCCAUCAUUUUGAACGUGGGACAACAACAUCUAGCAAGCUGCUCACGAAGGAUGACUAUAAUCUAGGAGGCGUAGCGACUGUCCUGUACCUGCAAAAUAUGGAGUUGUUUGUUGCAAAUGUUGGGGAUGCUCAAGCGGUUCUUGUGCAUUCGAAUGGGGAUUUCAAGUUUUUGACUUGUAACCACGAUCCUGCUGAGGCUUCGGAACGGGAACGUAUACGGGCAGCUGGCGGGUUUGUUUCCCGCAAUGGAAAAUUGAAUGAUAAGCUAUCUGUGUCUCGGGCCUUUGGAUAUUACACAAUGAUGCCUGCGGUUAUUGCGGCUCCUAGCACCCGGAAAGUUACUUUGACCGCCCAGGACGAAAUGAUAAUUCUUGCGUCAGGCGAGUUGUGGGAUUAUGUUACACCGGACGUUGUUGUUGAUGUUGCAAGAUCUGAACACGGAGACUUGAUGAUUGCCUCUCAGAAGCUUCGUGACUUGGCCAUUGCCUAUGGUGCUACCAACAAAAUCAUGGUGAUGAUUGCUGGUGUCAGUGAUCUUAAACGACGGGGUGAACGUCCCAAGCUCAGAAGUCACAGUAUCUCCAUGGGACUGUCUCCAUUAACUGACGAACAUCUCUUCACCACACCAAGUAAGAUCAAGAAACGUGGCAGACCAGGCGACUCCAGGUUAGCACGUUUGGAUCGCGUGGAAGCCCCUACUGGCGAAUUGGCGAUCAUUUUCACUGAUAUUAAGAAAUCCACGUCGCUUUGGGAGACGUAUCCCGUUGCCAUGCGCUCUGCAAUUCAAAUUCAUAAUGAUCUCUUCCGUCGACAGUUGGCUCAGAUAGGUGGAUUUGAAGUGAAAACAGAAGGUGACGCUUUCAUGGUCUCCUUCUCCACGGCCACCGCAGCGUUACUCUGGUGCUUCACCUGCCAAAGCCAACUUCUUGAAGCGGAAUGGCCGACGGAGAUCAUGGAAUCUCCUGCUUGCAGGCCACAGUAUGACUCGGAUGACAACAUCAUAUACCGCGGGCUGUCUGUGCGAAUGGGAGUACACUGGGGAACGCCUGUCUGUGAACAAGAUCCUGUUACUGGUCGAAUGGAUUACUUUGGCCCCAUGGUAAACCGUGCCUCCCGCAUUUCCGCAGUUGCGGAUGGUGGGCAAAUCUUCGUUUCAGCCGACUUCGUUGCUGAAAUUCAACGGAAUCUUGAAACAUUCGCGGAUUAUGAUCGGAUCGGCUCUAUGGAUUCUUCUGAGGACAAUUACAUUGACGACUAUCUCAACCACAAUAUCCGUCGCGAGCUUUAUCAACUAAGCACCCAGGGCUUUGAGGUAAAGGAUAUGGGUGAGCGGAAACUGAAGGGGCUUGAGAAUCCUGAAUUCGUUUACUUGAUGUAUCCACACUCUCUUGCUGGACGCCUCAACGCUCCACGGGCCGAGAUUGAAGAGGCAGACACACUUCCCAUUCCCUUGGGUCAAGACAAGCAUCUCAGUAUUGAAGCGGAUCUAGUCUGGCGCCUGUGGACUGUUGCUUUACGUUUGGAGGCAUUUUGCAGUGCCCUGGAAAAUUUCGGAGAGAUUGGUCUUCGGCAGCCGGAGAUGGGCCUGAUUGAUGCAGUCAAGCAGCGCCCUGGGGAACUUUCGGAUGCGGUAGUGUUGAGUCUAAUUGAACAUCAGGUUACGCGGGUGGAGACAUGUGCAAAUACCCUCACAAUCCGGCACAUGAUGAGGCCUUUCAAACGCGGAAACUCUCUCAAAGAUAUCGCCGUUCCCAUGUCGGAUAUUCUCAAUCAGUUGAAGGUGCAGUUGAGCGAAUUUAGAGCUCUAAAGGAGUCAAUAAGUCCCAUCGCCGACUCUCAGGAUCCCCAACAAAGCCUUGCGGUGUUGAAGAGCCCCAUACAGAGCUCGUCAGCCUUAUCUGAUAUUAUGGCCGUUGGUGGUUCUAGUUCUUCGAGCACGGCGUAA